GGCCAACCAUUUACAAUAUCUUUGAGAAUAUAUUGCAAAAUUAUGUUUGAGACAAAAGUAAUUUUACCAACGGAUUAGGACUCUUGCUUUUGCAUUGAUCUUAUUUUCAUCCAUUGAAUUCGCAUUGGAACACGUGCUACAACAUUUCCAUCUACAAACCAAACAUCACUUAAUGGUCAUGAUGAAAACUGUGUUCAGAUGAGGGUUUUUUCAUUCCCAACUCACUUUAUUUGAGUUGAAUUCCAUCACUUUUAUACUGUAAAAAAAAUGUGCCAACUAUGCUCAUGUGAAGUCCCAUCCUUUCUCCCAUUCAUUAUUACCUCAUCAAGUCCAUAUCAUCAUUAAUGCUAGUGAGAUGCUUUGCUUGAAAGGAUGGGGUGCACUUACUCUGUGUAUAGGAAGAAAAAAUCAAGCUUCCCUGAAGUGGUGGUCUUUGUUCCAUCAACAAGAAUUCCGGUUCAAUCUGAUCUCCAAAGGAUGGUCAAGGGUGUAAUUCCAAGGGAUCUUGCUGAUAAAUUAACUUCACUAAGGAAUCAGAUAGUGUUGAUUGCAGAGGAUACUGGUGGGUCAGCUAUAGCUGAAUUGCGGCGAGCUUUGAAAGAAUAUUUGUCUGUUCUGAUUGGACUUACAAAGAAAGAGUAUGGUCCUGAAGGACUAAUAGAUUUCAAGUGGAAAAAUUUAGAAGAUGGGAGACAAGAUAGCAGUAUAUCAAAUACCUGGUUUGAGGUGCUAUCUUCAGUUCACCUUAUGGCUAUGCUGACACUCUCUGACGCUGACUCACUGAUGAUUCCAAAGGAUCCCUCAGGGUCUGGAUUCAGGGUUGUAUCUUCAGAUAGCAAGAGGGAAGCAAUUGAUUUGUUACUCAAGGCAUCAGGAUACCUGGAGUUCUGUGUAAGGGAUGUUCUUACUCGGAUACCUGCUGAAACAAAGAAAACUUUUCCCCACGACUUACAGGAAGGUGUAUUGGAGGCUAUUGCUAUUCAAACACUAGGCCAGGGAACUGAGAUUCAACUUGGUCUUGCGGUGGAAAGUCAGAAGGCAACUUUGUCUGUGAAGAGGAGGUUGGCAUGUGAACAGCUGAUUUACUUUACUCAGGCUUAUCACUGCUUGUCAGGAUGCGACAUCAACCAAGGGCAUGGAAGGAAGCAAAUUCGAUUUAUCAAAUGGAAGUUCCUUGAAGCCAAGGCUGCAGCCUACUACUACCAUGGUCUGAUCCUUGACAAGGGUAGUGAACCAAGCAUCCACAUUGGUUCUGUGUCUUGUUUUCUUGCUGCAGAAGAGCUUCUGGCUGAAAGCAAGAAGGCCUGCUUAAGCUUUUGUCUUGCACCUCCAGUGACAAGGGCUCCUCCACUCUGGGGUGCUAUGAAAUUUUUACACCAGAAAAUUCCUGAAGUUGCAUCAAGGAAGUCCCAGAUGUAUGGUUACCUCUGGGAGCAAGAGAAGGGUCUUCAAUCAUUGCCAGACCUUCCUGAGUUCCAAUUAUCAUUACGUCCAGAUGACUAUGAAUUGCCUGAAAUUGAUCCGGCAUGGGAUAGUGAAAACUGGGAAUCUCUUGGGCAGCCAUUGAAGGAGCACCUUAGAGAUAGUGAUGAGCAUGAUGAGAAUCCAACUGAUUGAGAAAUUUGAAUGGUCUUCUUUCUUUUGUAUUUUGUAGUUGAAUACAUGCUUGAGUGUCAGCACUCUUUUAUACAUGCUAAUAUUAUCAUAGAAUAUCAGGGUUAGUAUUCAUUAUAACGAUUAUAUGACUCCCUAAGUUACAAAAUCUUAGUGAAUGACAAACUUAUCUCUAUAUUCAACAAUAAGAUAUAGCCUUAUUAAUCAAAACCAAA